UUUUAAAAUUUUGUAAAUAAGUGAUUUUUCUCCUUCACUGAUAUGCGCUAAUGAGGCUGCAGUGAUGGGCAUUGAUAGGCAGCACUGAUGCACACUGAUAGGCGGCACUGACAGGUGGCACUGAUAGGUGACACUGACAGGCUGCAGUGAUGGGCACUGACAGGCAUCACUGAUGGGCACUGAAAGGCAGCACUUAUAUAUGGCACUGAUAAGCAGCACUGACUGGCACUGAUAGGCGAUACUGAAAGGCAGCUGAGAUUGGCACUGAUAUGUGGCAUCGAUGUGGCACUGAUGGGCACUGGCAGGUGGCAUGGAUGAGCACAGAGCUGGCACUGAUGGACACUAACAGGUGGCGCUGCUGGGGCUACACAGAUCAUCAGGGCACACUGAUCAUCACUGUCAGCGGGACAGCUCGUGAGGAGAGAAAUGCUGAUAACCGGCAUUUCCCUGUUUACAUGUGAUCAGCUGUGAUUGGA